CAACAAUGUUAUAACAAAACUAUUAUUCGUGACAGUCCUCAUUGUCAAAAACAUUUGUAAUUAAGUAAGAACCAAUUAGUGAUAAUAAAAUAAUUAAAGUAAACUAGUGUAUAAUGACAUCCAUAGAAGUAAAAGAAGUUAUUGAACAUCCAAUUAAACUGAGGGUUAUGCGUCUUGGUAAGCCAGUUAUGUGUAACUCUAAAGUAAUAGCUUGUGAUCCUGAAGAUUUACCGGGAACCAUAUUAAAUGAGCAAUUAAAAAAUGAUGUUACAUCAUUAUCAAACUCUGAAACAUUAGCAGCUGGGUCAUUUUUAAUGGUUCCAAAUGUUUUAGAAAAUUUGUAUCUUGGAGAAACAUUCCUAUGUUAUGUAUAUUUAAAGAAUGAAAGUGCACAAACUAUUUAUGAUAUUGUAUUAAAAGCAGAAAUAGAUACAGCUACAUCACAUAUACCAAUUUUAGGUCCUAAAACUUUUUCUAAAUUAGAUCCUUAUGCUUCUAUUGAUGUUAUUGUUAAACAUGAAGUCAAAGAACACGGAAGUGUCAAUAAAUUAAUUUGUCAAGUGGAGUAUGAUAGAAAACAUUCAUUUGAAACUAUUUUUAGCUACAGAGUUCCAAAACCACUUGAUCUAAAAACUAAAUUUUAUAAUACUGUGACUGAUGAAGUUUAUCUUGAAGUACAAGUACAAAAUAUAAUGUCUACUCCAAUUACUUUAGAGAAAUUUAACUUAGAACCUUCUGUUGGAUAUAAUGUCCAUUCAAUGAACCAAUUAUUGGAAACUCCUUACAAUAAAUCUGUAUUUGGAGAUUUAGAUUUGUUGGAUGUAAAAGAAACUAGACAGUACAUGUAUAGGCUGUGUUAUGAUCAAAAUUCUGAAAAGCAACCAUCAAGAACAAACAAUCUUGGCAAAUUAGAUAUUUUAUGGAGAUCUAAUAUGGGAACCAAAGGUCAAAUACAGUCAAGUCCUUUAGUUCGCCAGAUUCCAGAAUUGGAUGAUAUUACAUUUUCGCUUACACAGUUACCAGAGAUGGUAUUAUGCGAAGAACAAUUUAACUUUAGUUGCUCAAUUAAAAACAAUAGAAAUAGAGAUAUGCAACUUAUAGUUGAAGUAAAUGAUGAAGAAAAUAAUAAUCUUGCUUGGACCAUGAUCUCUGGUAUGUGUUUGGGACUAGUACCUCCAUAUGCAUCAACCAAAGCAGUAUUUUCUAUGGUUGCAUUAAAUCAUGGACUUCAGGGAUUAAAAUUAAAGAGUUGUUAUUAAAUAGAACAUACACAUACAAUAACUUUGGUCAUGUAUUUGUGGCUCAAAAUUUAUGAACUUCUGAUUAUACUUCAAUAAAAAGUAUCUAAAUUUCUGUGAUAUUUCAUUAUAAUUUUAGAUUUUAAUUGAAAUUUAAUGUAUUAUUUUAAAUUUAUUUUGUUAAUUUUUAAUAUUUAUUUUAUAACAGACAGUAUACAAUAAGUAUGUGUAAAAUAUAUAUACAUACGUUUAUAUUUAAUUA